AUGCCUACGCGCUACACUUCACAAGAAUAUGCGAACAUGCACCUCAUUUAUGGGGAAUGCAGAUGCAACGCAAGUGCUGCCGCUAGACUUUAUCGUGAAAGAUAUCCAAAUCUAGAGCGCUAUCCGGAUCACCGCGUGUUUGUUAAUUUGCACCAUUCACUCACGGAGGGCGGCUAUUUCCCGAAUCAAAUACAUGCUGGAGGUAGACCUUGCUUUUCUUACGAGGAAGAAGUGUUGGAAGAGGUCGCAGAUGAUCCAAAGAUGCUUUUUAGUACUACGGUGAUAAAGAGGCUCGCCAUGAUGGCAACUCCAAGCACUUCAGCAAAUGCUACGAAUGCGACAGGUCUACCUCCUCCGACCAGGGCUAAAAAGCCUUUUCCUCGUCCACGACCACACUUUAAAAACAAGGAAUUUCCAACACCAGCCAAACCGUCAACCACAUCGACUCCAUUAACUAAUGACCCACUCUGGCUCGAUUCCUUCGUGCGUGAGGGCGACCAUGGCCUUACUGUUUCAGAAGGCAUAAAAGAGGCUCCAGCCGACGUUGUCGGGUAUGUAGAACUUAUAGAAAAAGAAUACGACGCAUUAGCAUCCUGCGAGAGGGGGUUGAGGAAGAAUCACAUCAGCAAAAUCAUAAAAAAGUCUAUCAGUGGACUGUCUGAUAUACUUGAGAUGUUUAAGCAGAAAUAUGAAAUCAACGAUGAAACAAGAGCUUCAGGGACUCAGUUGGGUUCAAGAGACAUUACACUACCCAGAAUCGCUGGCGUUUUGCCAUCCGUUGCGGUAAGGAUGUUCCACAUGAGGGCAGUCAAAGAAACUGUUCCUUACCAUUCAAUCCCAGGAGUAGUUGAGUUAUUGGAAGGAAGAGGGGCAGAGGCAACCGGAUCCAGGACUGUCAAAGUCAUAACUACUUCUGAAUUAUCUCAUGCUAUAUGCUGUCCUUUCUUGCCAUCAUUGCAUCCAAAGAAAACAGAGAAAGCAGGACACAUUCAUGCUAUAAUGUUGUUUGUAGCGAUUCGGUUAGAUGACAUCAUUCAAAAGAAAGAAAAAAAUUUCACUCCAUUGGAUGAACUUUUAAAUUAUUACAAGGCUGGUUUUGAAUCAGCUGCUACCCCUGAGGCUUCUAGGUUGGAAGUCAUGUCAAAGGUGAAAUUGUUUUAUCAAACAAAAAUUUAUCCUACUGAUGAAGCACUUUUUGUCAAUACUAAGUGUUGUGAGGCCUUAGAGACCAUGCGAGUUGAAGACCCGUCCCAUUCUUUAUUAAUGGUUGCUGCAAGGACGGGAUCACUACCAAAU